UUGAUUGGUGUGAUUUGAUGAUAAAACCGAAAAAUAAACAUUUUAAAUUUAUACGUGAAAAUAUGUCGUUAAAAUUAUUGUAAAAUCAAUAAUAUAUAGAAUUAAAUAAAGAAACGUAUGAAUAGUUAAGUUUAAAAACGUUUAAAAUAAAUAAAAGGGACACGCAACAACGUAAAGAGAAAACUUCAGAAAAGUAGCCUUAUGAGAAGGAGAAGAGAGGGGAAGAAAAAGUGCAAACCACCAACAGGAAGACCUUGAAAAAAACAAGAGCGAAACGUAAAUAGGUGUAGUGUAAUAGGAAUGGAGAUCUUAAAAAUUCUGAUCCAGCAGGAAUCUAGUUAAAGAAAUUUAUUAGAAAAAAAGAAAUACAACAUUUCUAAAUAAGAAAUGAAUACAAUGUCCACUGUUGGUGCCGCUAUAGCGGAGGGCGUGGCGGUGCCACAUAAUGGUCGGGAGGCCCGUAAUCUUGCUGAAAAACAUCGGCGAGAUAAGCUAAAUGCUAGCAUACAGGAAUUAGCCACGAUGGUGCCACACGUAGCGGACUCAGCGCGGAGAUUAGACAAAACAGCAGUAUUACGUUUCGCAGCACAUGGCUUAAGAUUACAGUAUGUGUUUGGGAAAUCGGGUGUAAAAAAAAUGCGUAGUGAGGAGAGCAUAUACGCAGAACCUCAUACUACCGAUACACUAAUGCAGUUAUUAAAUAGUUUUUUUAUAACCUUAACAUGUCACGGGCAAAUAGUACUUAUUUCUACGAGUGUGGAGCAGAUUUUAGGACACUGUCAGUCAGAUUUGUAUGGACAAAAUAUUUUGAAUAUAACACAUCAUGAGGAUCAGGCGAUAUUGCGUCAACAAUUAAUACCUCGCGAUAUGGAGUCAUUGUUUCGUAACAAUUACGAUAUGAACAGAAGCGUUGGAGAUGAAGAAUAUGAUGAAGCAUACGAUUCAGACGAACUGCACGAUGUGAAAAAUACGUAUUAUCACACGCCCAAUUCAAAAACACAGACAAACUUCGCUAAAAUAGAUCAAAAAUUACGCAGUGAUAAAAGAAGCUUUAUUGUACGUUUGGCGCGAGCGAGUACACGCUCGGAAGAAACGCGCUACGAAUUUGUAAAAAUUGAGGGAUGCUUUCGAAGAAGUGACUUUUCAACAUCAGCAGGCAACUUUCCAAUUGUUUCGCAGCUGAUAAGGAGAUCGCGCAAUAAUGGCGCGGCUAGUUGUGGUGGACCUAGUGUAUUACAACAUGAUGCGAUAGCGCAGGCAGCAUUACAUGGCAUCAGCGGUAAUGAUAUUGUGCUUGUGGCAAUAGCACGCUUAAUCAAACCACCUUCUGUCAGUAAUCGUCUCAUUGAGGGCAAUGUUUUGGAAUACCGAACACGACAUUUAAUAGAUGGUCGUAUAGUUGACUGCGAUCAGCGAAUCGGUUUGGUAGCUGGUUAUAUGAAAGAAGAGGUGCGCAAUCUCAGUCCGUUUUCUUUUAUUCAUCAAGAUGAUGUACGAUGGGUUAUAGUUGCGUUACGUCAAAUGUACGAUGGCGUUGCAGAUUACGGAGAAAGCUGUUAUCGUCUGUUAUCGCGUAAUGGGCAAUUUAUUUACCUGCAAACUCAAGGAUAUUUUGAAAUUGAUAAAACAACUAACAGAGUACAUUCGUUUGUUUGUAUUAAUACACUAUUAGAUGAAGAUGUUGGACGCCGAAGAGUACAAGAAAUGAAAAGAAAAUUUUCAAUUUUUAUUCAAACCAAAAUGCCCAGUAAUUCAGUUGAAGAUGUGCCUGCCUCACAAAAUCCUCAGCAAUUAGAGCGUAUUGUGCUUUACCUUAUUGAGGACUUACAGAAACGUCACGAAUUAAAUGGUAAACCGUUAAGUGCCACACCGGAACGAGUUUCAUGUACAAAUGAUAGAAAACGUGCUGUAAAAACUCCGCCAAUAGCUUUAGUUGCACCGGAAACAGAUUCAGUGAGAAGUUCCAUUACAAAAUCUGUGAAUAUUAUCAAUAUAACUGCUGCAAAAAAUUUAUAUAGAAAUCCAAGAAGUCCGGGAAGUCAAUAUAGUGAAGCAUCACUCUCUCCAGCAAGUAGUAAUGGAAAUUUUGAGGAAUGUACAGAAAGCAAUAUUUUACCUACUAUCAGCACGCAACGUCCAAGUGUACUUCAAAUGAAUUUAGUACCACAAGUGUCAAAAAUUAAUAAUGGUAUUCAGUCAUCUCUAUCUCCAACCUCUUCGCUAUCAUCAAUUUCAUCAUUGUCACCAAUACCUGCCGCACAAGUACAGCAACAAGUUUCUGUUUUAAAGCGUUUACACUCAUCACCAGCGAAUCAAGUAACCGACAUCAAUAUUAGUCCGGCAAAACGCACAUCAGCGUCAAGAAUUACACAGACUAUUUUGUUGACCACGAGGCCUAAUUCAAAUGCUACUGAAAUUUCUGAUAUUAGAAAUCAAGAUAGUACAAUGUAUUGCAAUCAGCGUUUACAGCUGAAUUCGUUAGUGCCACAUUCCAAUGGACAGUUGGAAGAUAGUGUUGCCUUGCAACAGACUCAAACGCAGAAAGUUCAGAUUAACUUUAAAAGUGAAUUAAAUGCCUACAAAAAUCAACAAACUAAUGCUCUGAGUACCGAUUUGUGUCAUGUUCUAAAUGCUACAACGUUAUUCAAUCAAACAAAAGAGGAUCCUUAGUAAAUUAUAUAAUAUAGUUUGAAGGAAGGUAAAUAUGCUAGAAUAUUGUUGUAAAUUUUUUGUAUUUAUUUAUGUUAUUUUAUUUUUAUUAUCUUAUAAUGCCGUUUGCAUAUAUUGUUGUUUAUUACUAAUUUUUUGUUUGUAUCACAUUUAUUUCGUAGUACUUCAAAGUUUAAUCUAGCUGUUCGAAGUUUCGACAUUUGGGACCGAUUUCACAGUCAUAACUUAAGUCUCAAAACUAAAUUAAGUAAGCAGAUUUGAUAUCCUUGAAACCUAAUGAAAUGUAAGUUAUGAAUGUAAAAUCGCUCCUCAAAUGUUUGAGUAUUCUUGUGUUUGAGCAUUUGGCACAGUAAGACGUUCGAAAAUGUUCGAAACCCAUAUUCUGUUCGGCUAUUUGGUGUUAUAGACUUUUGUAUAAAACAAAGCAAAAAUACAAUUAAAUAUAAAGCAUAUUUCGAACUUCUUCCAAUAACUGGAAUGUUCCAAUAACUGGAAUAUUCGAACGAAAUCCAAAUAUUCGAAUUUGAAUUCGAGUAUACUUCAAUUGCUUUGGCAUUGUAACGCUGAUACACUUUGAAGCACUAUUAUUUUGUCGAAAUUUUUUUCUGUAAUUUUGGUUUUGAGGUGUCCAAAAAACAGAAAAUAUAAUGCUUAAUGUCAAGUUAUGGCCCCAGUGGGUGGAAAGGUUUAAAAUGUUUACUGUUAAAAGUUUAACCUUAAAUAAA